AUGGCGUCCCAACGACGAAGCAACACCGCUGAGGAGACCGUGAGUCUCUUCACCCACCUCCAAUGCGAGCCACCCACCCUACGAAUCAACCAAAACUGGUGUCCCCCCGGCAAAAAUACCGAGAGCUCAAAAUAUUCCCAUGUUGAGAUUACAGCUAUCACGAACUGGCAGGAUUUCACUGGGCCAACGAUCAUGUCACACUUCGGGAAUCUCCUCGACAAGCCCAAGAUUGUGCCGAGACUUCCUUCAACCACUCCCAGGGAGAUCGAUUCUGAGCUGGAGCUUGCCUACGUUUUCUUUGAAACCGUGCAUAAUCUCGUUAGAAGAGGUCUCCGGUGUGGAUUCGAGGAUCUCAAGGCAGACGGGCUACUUGACAACCAGCGCACACCGGUCUAUCUUGGGGGUUGCGGCAACUUGAAGUCUAACACGAAGGGCCUACCUGACUUGUUGUUCUGGUCUGAAAAGACCAAGAACUAUAGACGCUGUUGCCUGCCGGAGACUUCAAGCUAUCUCAUAAAUGGACGUCCAGUUGGAGAAACAGCAGCAACCAGACACGCGAGGAGCAAUUCAACCAAGCCCUCUCCCAGGUCAAUUACUACAUGGAGCAAAACCAGACUCGGUAUGGAUUCAUUCUGA